GACUAAAUCAUGGGACGGCGGUCCGAGCAUUGAGCCAGCCAGGCAGAGGACAGGGACAAAGCAGUGGCAGCUUGAUUCACUUCAGACUGCACUAUCACCACCAUCAUCACCACUGUCAUCUCACCAUCAUCAUCAUCAUCACUGUCAUCAGUGUACAGGCUUUUCGUGGCGGUGAGAGGCGACAUCGGGCUGACUCGGGAUCAGCCCAUGCAGCAGGAUGGAGAUAGAGAAGAGGACGAAUGGGUUCGACUACCCGGAGAGAAACAACGCCAAGUCCGUUAACGGCUUUUACAGUGACCAUCCACUGGAGCCUGAACAGAACGACAGUAUGGAUACAAUCAAUGAAAGUAAUCUGGAUGAUCCAGCUGACCAGCGUACUUGCCUUAUCUGUGGAGAUCGCGCCACAGGUCUGCACUAUGGCAUCAUCUCCUGUGAGGGCUGCAAGGGCUUCUUCAAGCGCAGCAUCUGCAACAAGCGCGUGUAUCGCUGCAGCCGAGACAAGAACUGCGAAAUGUCACGCAAGCAGCGCAACCGCUGCCAGUACUGCCGCCUGCUCAAGUGUCUGCAAAUGGGGAUGAACCGCAAAGCAAUCAGGGAGGAUGGCAUGCCAGGAGGGAGGAACAAAAGCAUCGGGCCUGUUCAGAUCACAGAGGAGGAGAUAGAGCGGAUCAUGUCGGGGCAGGAGUUCAAGGAGGAUGCCCCGGAGCACACCUGGGGCAACAACGGUGACAGCGACCACAGCUCUCCCAGCAACGGAGCCUCGGAGGGCAAUCAGCCGUCACCCGCCUCCACUCUGUCAUCCAAUCGCUCUGUGGAAAUUAACGGCUACACGGCGGCCCUCAGAGACCAGUACAUCAACACCUCCAUGUCCACACACUACCAGCUCCUGCCUCAUCUGUUCAGCUAUGCCGCCCAGUCUGGCCUGCUGGCCCCCCAGCCCCGCAGCCUCUACCCACAGUCCAACCCACUGGUGCUGCAGCUGGUGGCUGCUGAAGACCUGGCCCCCCUGGCAACCCCUAUGCUCAUAGAAGACGGGUACAAAGUGACACAGGUGGAGCUGUUUGCCCUGCUGUGUCGCCUGGCAGACGAGCUGCUCUUCCGUCAGAUCUCCUGGAUCAAGAAGUUGCCGUUCUUCUGCGAGCUCUCCAUAGAGGACUACACCUGCCUGCUCAGCUCUACCUGGCAGGAGCUCAUCCUACUCUCAUGCCUCACCAUCUACAGCGCCCAGAUCUUUGGAGACCUGGCCAACGUCACCGCCAAGUACACGCCGUCUGACGACGAGCUGCAGGGCUUCAGCGAGGACGGCAUGGAGGUAAUGGAGAGGCUGAUAUAUCUGUUUCGCAAGUUUCACCAAUUGAAGAUCAGUAAUGAGGAGUAUGCCUGUAUGAAAGCCAUCAACUUCCUCAACCAAGAUAUCAGAGGACUGUCCAACAUCUCCCAGCUCGAGCAGCUGAACAAGCGCUACUGGUAUGUGUGUCAGGACUACACUGAAUAUAAGUACCCGCACCAGCCCAAACGCUUCCCUGAGAUCAUGAUGUGUCUCCCGGAGAUCCGCUGCAUCGCAGGGAAGCUGGUGAAUGUUCCUCUGGAGCAGCUCCCCCUCUUGUUCAAAGCAGUCUUGCACUCCUGCAAAUCCAGCCUGACCAGCUACAGGACCGGCCUGUCGCCCUGCGUGACCACCUCCUCUGGAAACUAGACCCAACCCCCGAGUCAAGGGACUGGUCUCCCCCCUUGUGAAUGUGACAAGCAGCUAGUUUGUUUUUUGUAACUUUUUUCUUUAUAUAUUUAUUACACGACAGAGCUGAAUGUAUGCUGAUUUACACUGUGCACAUGCUUCUGUACAAAACAAAUGCUCGUAGAUGCAUUGGUCUUUGGAGUUUACAAGUGUGUAUCCAGUUUGCUCAAUGUGUCAGUGUUGCUAUUGUUAGAGCUAGACUUUAAAAGAGUUUAUUUUAUUCAGACGGGGGCGGAUAGACACAUGUGACGAGUGUUUUGAGACUACCUCAGGAAGAUGUUGUUGCUAUUUUCAGGUACCUUUUCUUGCUGUUAAAUGAAGAGUUGCCCAGUCUAAAACCAAAUCCCUGUGGAUGCUUUGGCACCUCAAUCAGAGACUGAAUGUUCAAAGCAGCUGCAUAAAUGAAAGAUUGAAAAACAGUGUUUUAUUACACUGAAAAUGCAAAAUGAAUUAGCAAAAUUGAGCUACUUUAUCUGCAUGGACUCUCAGACGUCCUGCUUAUGGGAGGCGGUCUUGUCAAUUUAACAUUCCAUGAGUUAAGGUGACAGUUGUUGGAUCUGUGGGAUCUUCAUUGAAAAAGGAGCAUACGGGUAUUUUUUACAAUCAUAGACUGGGGAUUUAAGGCUUUAUUGCAGGGGAAGGGGAGGAUAGCUAGGUUUGCUGUUUUAGUUUUAAUGUUUUUCUUUUGUUUUCCUUGACCAAAGUGUUAUGCAAUGCUUUUUUCAAACACCCAUUGAUGGGGAAGGAGCUGAUAGCUCCACCAAAAAAAAAAAAAAGAAGAUUUCUUAUCAAUGAAGGGCCAGGAUAAGAAAUUAAUCAAUCUGUGUCAGAGGGGAGAACCCUCUGCUGGACAGACAAGUAUGUUGCCGGAUUUCAUUCUAAAUGCUGCUAAACUUGCACACAUGCUUGCGCACACAUGUAUGCAUAGAGCAGAUGUGAUUCCCAGUCUUUGUUUUUCCCUCUGCCUCUCGUCAGAUGGCUCGUUUUUUGGGCUCUGCUGCCUUCAGUGCCAGGAACUUGAUGCAUUGUAGCCUGCUCUCAACACACUAUCACCUAAAUUUAAGGUCCACGGUACUGGCUAUGUUUGGUUAAAGGGGUAGUCUGUGAAAUCUUGCGCUCCUUAAUUUAUUCAGAACAAACCAAAAACCAGAAACACAAUGCUUGGUGUUUUGAACAGUGAGAGAUCUUCAUGGGUCAAAAAAAUGUAUACGUGACCUACUAGAACCAAAAUGGAACAACUACUGGAUCCAAGUCAGAACAGGAGCCGAGUCAAUAAAAAGUGCUUAACACUCAGUGUUUGCUGCCUCCACUUCAUUUGAAGCCAGUGUAGAGCGCUAGCCUGUGUGUAGCCUGUGUGAAGCUUAUUCAGCUUCAAACCAGUUGGGAAAACCCCCGGUUGACAACCAACUGGUCCAUUCUAAAGUUCCACUGGCCAGUUCAUGUCAGUUUUAGAGUAACUUACGCUGUUUUUAGGUCUUGUCAGGUCCAAUCAAAAUUUUGCACAGACCCAAGACCAGCAGCAGUUUAAGUUGGACCUGAUCCAGAUCCAAGGGGCACUCGAAAGUGUGGACCCGAGACAUGGUUCAGGUGUGGUCCUCAGGGUUUUAAUGGGUAAGGUUGGCCCACAGACCAACAAAUCAAUAAGAACUGGCUGAGACAAAGUUUGCAGAUUAUCACUUUAACCUGGCUAGGAGUGGAUUCAGUGUGAUUGAUCCGGGCCAUGUCUCAAUGAAUCCAGACUAGGUUUAGGUGAGACUUUAGGUGACUUACCUCUGGCUUGCAUACCCUCUGUGACAGAUAUGCACAUUGUUUAAAAAAGCCAUAGAAAAUGGUCUUUAUUUUUGAAGUAGGAGAUGAUCAUUUCAAACGGCUUGAAGUGUCUUCUUGGAAUCCUCAAGGUUUUAGCUGUUUCAUGAUGUACGAACAAUUUGAAAUGCAGACAAAAUGCAGUCCUCGCAACGACUCUCUUUUUUGCACACGACGGUGAGGUUCGGAGACCUUGACCCUUGACCUCGGCCACUGCCCACCCAGUGUGUUCCUCUCUCUCAGGUCCCUGCUGACCUGGAUCUUAACAGGGUAAAGUGAGUGUUAUGUAUUGCAUUCAGGAGUUCCUCAGUGACCAUGCUGAUGUACUUGUAGUAUUAGUUGACAUAGGUUCUAGGACAUUGUAGGUCCUUUGUAGGAAAGUGUUUUUCUUUUCCACUUUAUUUCCCUCAAGGUCCCCCCCCCCCUCAUUCAGUGAAAGUGGAUGUAGUUUUAAGGUGAGGCAUGCAGGGUGGACUUUUCUCUUGGCAUUGGUGAUGGAUGGAGGGAGAGGCGGUGGCAUCUUCAGAAUGUUGCAGCUUCUCUCUCCUGUUUACAUCCACCUCUCUGUGUGCAGCCUUAACAACAACACAAGUCCAAUGCAGUGUUCUCUUUCAAAUGUUUCAGUUAGCCUCUUUUCAUCUUUUGAUUUUUAUACAUUUUCAUGUACCUUUGUAGUUAUUGUGAAUGUUUUGGGUUUUUCUUGUUUUCACACAUUCAUUGUCCCCCCCCACCUCCCUUUUUUUGGAGUGAAGACAACCCCUAUCAUUUUCUAAACUUUGAUUGAAUUCUUGACUUUAUUUGUUGACAUAAGAUUUUUAAUAACUCUCCCUUGUCCACAGUGGUUUAUGAAAAAAGGUAUUACUCAGGUGAUAUCAGCCAUGUUUUACAUGGACAAUACUGACGCCUUUUAAGUAUUAUUUGAAUCAUUUUACAAUGCAAAUGUAAUAUUUUGGAGCCAUCUGUGGUUCAAAACUCAGAUUCUCAGAUUCUCAGAGCAGCUAAGUGCAUCAUUCAUCACACAGGCUUCUGAGGUUAAAGGGUAAUUUCACCUAAAUUACAAAAAACAUACAAUAUUUUCUCACUUACCUCUAGAGUUAUCUAGCCAUUCAGAUAAUUUUGGUUUUAUUUGUCCAGGUUUUAAGAUAUCUGUCCCUCGAAAUCAAGGGAGGUGAAUGGAUUUUAGUUUGUGGUGUCCACAUUAUCCAAAAUGACAUUAAAUAAAAGUCAAAAUCUAUGUGUCUUUCCAGAAAAAAAGUGUCCUGGUUAUUUUCUAUAGCCCUCACUGUGACUGUGUUCUCACUGGAACUACUUUCCACCAAACAAAUAGUCCCUAUCAAAACUGUCCAUAACGUGUUCUGCGCACUAUUUCGAGUAACACUGUUUCUGUAAAAAAUGUUAAAUGUAAUUUGUUAAUACUGUGAGCACCAUCAUUAUGAAACCAUAAUUGCAUGCAUGACUAGAUACAACUAGAGGUAAGUGAGAAAAUGUUUUUAUUUUUAUUUUGGUGAACUGACCCUUUAAACCACAUAAUCUCAGGGAUAUGUACUUUUAUGUAAGAAGUCUGAGUGAUGUGAUGUAGCAUUAAAAGACAAAUCCCCCUAAAAUGAUUUACCUCUGCUGAGAUACAGCUACAAUUGAGUUUCAUAGUAAAUUUUUCUAAAAAGAAAGUAUAUCUAAAUAAAUAGCUGUCAUAUGUUAGUGUCAGAAGGUAAAUAGCUGCCAUUUGCACUGAUGUUUAAAAAUCCCACAUAUCUGUACAGAAACAGUCUGGGAAAUGUAGGAUACUUCUAACCGUAGCAGAAGUAGAAGAGAAAGGUUCAGGGUGACCAACAACAAAGUCACUUCAGCUCAAAGUAUCUCCAGGAAUGCACCGAACAUCACAGACUGCUGAGAUCUGACAGUGGAAGAGGAUCUGAAGGGGGAUUUUUCCUUUAAUGUAGCAGCAAAUAAUAUCAAUACCGGCCUCUGCUCAUCAACAUAAAAUAAAAACUCACCACGGCUACCUUACUGCCACCUCUCUGACUUCCUAACUGUCCUAACAUAUUGUGAUACACAAGUGUUCUUUUUAUUUUCUGUAUUUGUAUUUUUUUUUUUUUUGCAGACAAGGGAUAUGUCAUUUGCAAUUUCUGUACUGAAACUACCUCUUUAUUUGUCAUCAUGUUGCUAACUUUCAAAUAGGUGAUUUUGUUGUCUUAUUUAUUGGUUUCAUUGCACCAAUGUUCUGUUAUUUUGUGUCUCUUAUCUCACUCAGUGACCUCUCAGAUUUAUAUCAAGCGCUGAUACCUGUUUUCUUCUUCUUCUUUUUAAUGCAUAAACAUGUUACCUCAUAAUCCUCUCUACCUCAGACUUGCCUGCUGUCAGCAGCUUUUAUUUUCUCUGACCUCUGGCUGUAUAGUAUGUUACACACCAAACACCCUGAAUCUCUCUUUUCAGGGAUCCUCUUCCUCCAUUUUUUAUUUUUUUUUGGAUUCCUUUCAUGUUAAAUUAGCGUCAUCUUUUAUUUCACUUCUGCCCUGUUAUCGUGAAUCCAAUACCAAAGAUGAAAGAAUGUCAAUGACAGCGUAAUGUGAAUGUCAGUGUACUGAUUAAGCAUUCACGUGAUGCAUUCUUGCUGCAGUUAACUAGUGCUUUAUUUUCCUGUGUUGACCUUUUUGGAAUAUGUCUUGUUAUCUUGUGAAUGGUUUGCUGUGUACACUAUAUUCACCGCAUCAUGAUAUGGCAGUGUGUGUUUUUUCUCAUUGUGCGCCAUGAUUGUUGUUCAUUGGUAAGGCUGUUCAAGGUAACAUGAAAUGAUAACAAUGGAACUGCUAUCAUAUCUGACACUGUCAAUGCAGCUUGUGAUCGAUUAUCAAUCGGAGAACGUAAUUGUGGUCAAACUGACAUCUCUUUGUGUUUACAUGCUUUCGCUCACUCAUGUGACCCUGACGCUGUGGCACGCGACCACAGACAGACUACUGCAGUGUUAUCACUGGGGUUGGACUCAUGGCUUUUGAUUAGAAGCUGCCAGCCUUACUUAUGACGCUCAACAAUAGGGGAAAUCUUAGAAACAGUUCUGCCUUUAAACUUACAUCCUGGGUCUUGAUGAUGAUACAUUUUACUCAAUGUGACUUAAUUGCAGAGAUCUGGGCCACAGUCCACAGUUAAACCAACUUAUUUGGAAGUAAAAACCAGAGCUAACAUUAGUAAUUACCCCAAAUGUUAACUUUAAACAUCCAUUAAAUCCUGCAGAAAUAGUUUGUGAUUGAACUUUGACCUGCUGUGCUUUCUGUAGAUGUGCACAUGUGCAUCCACAAAGCAGUGGAUGGUUAUAACAGACAUUUCAGGGCCUUUCACUUUCAUUUUUUUUCUACAGAUUUAUUUAAAAUCUCGUCAUCUGACUGCUCAUGUUGCUUGUCUUGGACUCCUGUUGUAAUUGUCUACAGGUGUCACCAAUUCCCCAGAUCUUAGAAAGUGUCAUCACAACCAUUGUGGAAUAAUUGGACCAGCUGUCGAGCUUUAAGUUGGCUGAUGAGCGGCGACGCCCUCACCGCUGUUAGAACUCUGUUGUACAGGAGCACAAGAUGAGAAGAGUUUGGGGGGGAAGUAAAAGAGUAGAAAAAUCUUGACAUAUCUCAGGGAAGAAAUAGAUUUACACACUGUCAUCACCUGUGAACAGACAAUUGAAACGCCUUUAUGUUUUUUCUCUUCAGAAAUCUCUUGUCUGCUCUUGUUAUUUUAACUACCUGUGAAGAAUGUGAUCCAUUACGUGUUAAAAGCAUGUUUAGAAUGUGUUAGGACUUGAAACCAAAUAAAUGUGAACGUUAUGCAAGUGUA